UACCUUUCGCUGUUGCUCCCUAGCACAAGCAGUAAUAGUUGCAGCCGAGCUCGAGCUGGACAGUUGAGGAAUAGUCUCACCAGUCAGCGCAAUUAACAUCUGUCAACUUAAAUGAUUGUAUAAAUAUCACAUAGAGGCAAACAAACGAGUUGGCCCAACAAGCGACAGACCCAGUUGCCGGUACCAAGCAUAGUUGUCCAGACCUGUGAAUUAUUAACUUCACUGAUACCUGAUACAAUGAAAAGCUGAAACCCGCGCUGGUCGGUGACGAACAGCCUGUUGCGCCACGGCGAUGGAGCUCCACGUUCGCUGCUCUCGUGCACGCGCGCUCUGGCGCUUGUCGAUUGCUCUGUUAGCAGCUUCUUUGUAUGGCGCGGCGGGAGCUCACGCGGCAACGUCGCGCGCGUCCAACAGCCGCUCCAGCGUGUCGAACCCGCAGCCCAAGCUGACCGACGAUGACUUCGUCGUCGCCAUCUCCACCGCCUCCAGCCGGCUGGUGCUCGCGCAAGGCACCCGCGCCUGGCGUGAGGGAAUGCGAACACUUAUCAUGACUAGCAACGAGACAGAGGUGCCGCACCUGAACAAGGUGUAUGCCAAGUACCAGGAGCGCUAUGAGUACUUUCCGGAUGAGAAUGAACCCGACCCAAAGAAGUGGCACGCCAAGUUUCCCGGCGACUUCAGAGCUGCGGUAGCACCCUUCGCAGCUCAUCGCCACUAUGGUGAUGGCUACAAAUGGAUGCUGUACGGCGACGAUGACACCGUAUUCUUCUUGCCCGGCGUGCGCAGGAUGUUGGCCCAGUUUGACCCGGAGCUGCCUCUGGCGCUGUCCGACAACCUGUGGCACGACUCGCGCCACCCGCGCCUGGAGGCCUUCAGGUGCCUGCCAUGCGGCUUCGACACCAGCAAGCUACCGGCGGCGCAGCUGCGCACCAACAACAGCUAUGUGCCGCGGGCCGCCUGCCCGCACUGCACGCGCGAGCAGGCCUGCCCGCCCGGCCGGCCCGACUGCGCCAUCACCGGCGCACACGGCGGCGCCGGCAUGAUCUUCAGCGUGGGGCUGUUGCGGCAGGCGGCGCUGUCGUACGACAAUGCUCUGGCCUGCAUGCGCAGUAUAUUCGGCUGCAGCGGCGGCGACGGGCUGGUGUCGCAGUGCCUGUGGCGCGCCGGCUACGGCUUCACCGACCCGGGCCACUCGCUGCUGCACGAGGAGCCGUACAGGCACGUGCUGUUCGACAACAUGGACGGCCGCUGGUUCCUCAAGGACCCCAUCGGCCAACUGGUGGUGGGCAACUGCGACGAGCAGUGCCAGAAGGGGCUGAAGCACGCGGUCAGCUACCACGUGCGGGGCAAGUCCUACCCGUCCUUCCCCAAGGCCGCCGCCUUCAUGUACGGCGUCGUGGAGGCCCACGGGGCGGCCCUGGACUUCAUUGACCUGUCGGCCGACACGGCGGGGCGGGCGGGGCGGCACGUGGGGCACCGCGUGCUGCCGGCCCGGCACGCCGCCGACCCGCACACGCAGCAGAUACAGGCGGAGCUGGCGGGCGCGGGCGUGAGCGGGCCAGCAGCACGCAAGGUGGAGGAUGCAGGGGAGGACAAGGGGGCGGAGAAGAAGGGCAAGGCGGGAGAGGAGGAGAAGCGGCUGCGGAAGAAGCAACAGCGCCAUCACUAGACACUAGCUCCUUCGCGUCUGAUGUGGUUAGGGUUGGACGCUGUGCGGCUGCUUGCUUGGAGCGUGCAGAUGUGUGGGGCCUUGUGACAAUGUGGCCCAUCCAGGGGAGGCCCUGGUGUCCCCUGGUGUGGCCACGGGCCCUAUGUUAGUGUACCAGAGUAGAACUCGUGCAUGCGCUUAGUUCUGCUCAUUGAUAGAGCCUGCAGUGACCGUUCAGGGCAACCAGCUUAGGCACAUAGCAUUGACCAUGUGCUUAAGUGAGGUUGUUUGGGAUGCAUUUACUCCUAUGGGCGCAUGCAGUGUCCCUCCGCCGAGCACGUUGUGAUCAGCGGGCAUGAAACGGCUCUGGCUGUGGCCCUGUUGGCCAAGGUCUGUUGAUAGGGCACGGGCGUUUGUUGCGCGCCCAUGCCCUGUGCUGCGAGCCUGCGAUGCAAACUCCCGCACGCACCGUGAAAGAGCACUCCGGAGUCCGGACAUUAUGACUGAUAACUGAUUACAUGAUUCACGGUUGACCUGUAAUCCGUAUGAAAA